GAAGUGCGCACGGGGGAGCCCGAGUUUCCAGUCGUGCCGGCGGACCGUGGUCGACGCUGCUGCGGAGCGGUUGCGCCAUGACUGCCCGUCCGUUGUGCCGCGCUCUAAAGAAAUUUUAGAGGUCUUGUGUUUGGAGCAGCACCGGGGAUUGGAUCCAGCCCAUGGAGAAGCUGCCUGAGCAGAUAACCCCGGAGUCCCUGUACCCAUCCUCCCAGCAGGAGCCCCGAAAGAGCAAGGGAAGGAGAAAACUGACACCCAGGAAGGAGAAAUAACUUACCCAAGGUCACCCUCCUGGUAAUGGCAGAGCUGGAAUUCGAAUUCAGAUCUGCCUGGCGCCGGAUCGCUUCCACCUCCUUCAGCGCACCCACCGCGAACAGCUGCGGAGGCCAGGGACUGCCGAGCCGAGAGCCAGUUAACAAGAGCCUGCGAGUUCCUGUCUUUUUUCAUCCCUGAAUCGUUACCGCUGGCCUAAGCUGGGCAUGGGGCGUCCGGUGAUGAUGACUUUAGAGAACAAGGAUAUGAAGGGAUUCACGUGGGCCAUAGCCCCAGCCUUGACCUCCCUGGGCUACCUGCUCAUACUGCUGGUCUCCAUCUUUCCCUUCUGGGUACGGCUUGUAAACGAGGAGUCCCAUGAGGUGUUUUUCAGUGGCCUGUUUGAGAACUGCUUCCAUAUCAAGUGCUGGAAGCCUCGACCCUUAUCAGUGUACAUCAUUCUCGGCCGCGUUUUCCUGCUGUCUGCGGUUGUCCUGUCUUUCCUCACCACCUUCAUCCUGGUGUCCUUUGCGUCUCAGCUGUUUCCCAGGACCUGGAAGCACAAUCUGGUGUCAGCCUUCAUCAGCUUCCUCACAGGCUGGCCAAGGCCCUCCCCCGGGAGGCUCCCAUCACAUGGAGAAGGUGGAACGCUCACAGUGGGAGAAUCAGGGGUCUGUGCCUUCCUGGCCUUGUUGCUGCAUGCCCUGGAGAUCCAGAAUCUGAGGAUGAAGCCCAGCCCCCCCCAGUUCUCCGUGCAGUGGCCUUACUACGUCCUUGGCUUUGCCAUCGUUCUGUUCCUAGUGGCUGGUGCCAUCUGCCUCUUCCAAGAAACAACCUGCCUUAGCUGCCAUUGGUUGCCCAAUUCCCGGAGUAUCGAGGAGAGCCAGGGCGUCCCCCACCUGGAGAAUCUGGAGAGUUUGGGAGGAGACCUAAGCUCCAUACAAAAGGAGACACUGCUGAAGGAAGAAACGGUUAUCUAGUCCAGGAGAGCAUCCUCCAGGCGUCCUCAGCUGUAUGAGCCUGCGAGACCUAAGGGGCAGCUGGUCUCCACCGCUUCCGAGGAGCUUCGUGACUCAGAUCAGUGCUUCCCUUCCCUGUACUCACAGCUAUUCUGUCUUGCUUAUAUUUGCAGUUUAUUAAAAGUUUUUU